GUAGCGGCGCUGGAGAGGCAGAUCUUUGAUUUCCUGGGCUACCAGUGGGCACCCAUCCUGGCUAAUUUUUUACACAUCAUGGCCGUUAUUUUGGGUAUUUUUGGGACCAUCCAGUACAGAUCCAAAUACCUCAUGAUGUACGCGGUGUGGCUGGUGCUGUGGGUCGGCUGGAACGCCUUCAUCAUCUGCUUCUACCUGGAGGUCGGACGCUUGUCGCAG